AUCGUUUUCGUGGAGAGAUUGGUGUUUGUAUGAUUCGAUCGAUACGACGGUAGGCAUGGUCGCGCGUCAAGCCUCACGAUGCUUUCGAAAUUCGAGAGUGCGAAGCGUGAUUCGUACAGCUUGAACUCUCCAAUGGUGGGAUUGGACCGGCCGCGAAGCCGCCCUUGCUAACGAAUUCUCCGAAGACGACGAUCGCGAAUCGGAGAGCUCGAAGCGCGCUCUAAGGAGCCCGACUCAGCUCCGACGAACUCGGGCUUCCUUCGGCCCGCCCGGCCCGGAAAUGAUGGAGAGAUUCGGUGCUCCUGGGCUGAAUCGGAGCAGCCCGCGGCCCGAGGACCGCUCGAAGAUUCGCCUUCGGGCUCUGAGCUUUCGACUGUUCGGACGGCGCUGCUGCGGGGAUUCCGAUUCUCCUCCGGAUUUCCGAAUCGUGAGCUGGGGGGAGUCGCUUCCGCGAUUGGUUUUUGCAAUUCAUGAGUUCCUCGUUGGAUCUACUCGCUCCAUCACUCGAGACAGUGGAGACUACUAAGGAAAUCAUCGUCCCUGUAGAGGCUAGCCCUUUUGAGAUAACUACAGGCGAAAAGAGAAAAAGAGGAGGAGGGAGAGUAAGGUCGAGAGUGUGGCAACAUUUCACCAAGCUUGAAAAGAGGCCAGGUGAGCGAGAGGAAUGCAGGUGCAAUUAUUGUGGUAAUCUAUAUGUUUGUUCGAGCAAUUCUGGUACAACCCAUCUAAAUCGCCAUAUAUUCGAGGGGGGAUGUCCCAAGUACAAGCCGACUCUAAGCGAGACGCAAAAUCUUACUAGUUAUCCAAAAGAAGAUUUAGAUGACGACGACAAUGUAACACCUUUGAGAGUUAACACAGACCAUAGCACGAGGAAUUUCUCUGAACAGGAAGUUGGCGAAAAUUUUGCAUCCGAACUAGUGCAACUGAAGGAAGAGAAUGCGAAGCUUCUACAUGAAAGAGAUGAUUUGGCAGCCCAAAAGACAACCCUUGAGCAACUAAUAGUAACUAUGGCAGCUGAAACGGCUCGCCUAAUGGAAGAAAAUACUAAGCUGAAGGAAGAAUGCACAAAGCUUCAAGAAGAGAAACAGAGAACAGUUACCAGAGAGGAAUUUGUGCGACUGGAAACCCAAGUUUCAAAACUUAGGGAGGAUUUUGAACGCGAUAGACGAGGAUUUCCAGUGGCUACAAUGGCAGCUCUAGCGCACCUGCAGCAUGGAAGAUAAAUGGAACAUCUGCCCCACCACACCGUGAGCGCCAAUCGGUUCGCUUGUAUAUUUGGCCUUUGCAUUUCAACUUGCCCCGGACUUCUAAAUUAGAGAUUGUGAUGCUUCCCGACGUUCACCCUGUACCAAAAUUUUAGCCAUUGCUUUCAUACUGUGGUUGUAAUGUCUAUCCAACUUUCUUCUAUUUUAUCGUCUGCAGUUCCAAUUUCAA